AGAGGGGAGACCGAACCCAAAUGGCAGAAUCUCCCAGAGAAGAAAAAACAAAGAGCACUUCGUUGAUGGACGAAUUGUUGGGCCUGCUACGUAUUCGGGUCAAACGGGGCGUCAUCCUCGCCGUUCGUGAUGUCCGGAGCAGCGACCCUUACGUUGUCGUUAAGAUGGGUAAACAGAAACUGAAGACUCGUGUAAUAAAGAAGGAUGUUAAUCCCGAGUGGAAUGAGGAUUUGACUCUUUCCGUAAUGGAUCCUAGUGUUCCAAUAAAAAUGACGGUGUAUGACCAUGACACUUUUAGCAAGGAUGACAAAAUGGGAGAUGCUGAAUUUGACAUCAGGCCUUACGUGGAAGCCUUGAAACAGGAUUUGGAAGACAUUCCGAGCGGAACCACAAUAUCGAGAGUGCAGCCGUGCAGGACCAACUGCCUGUCUGAAGAGAGCGCCAUUAAGUUGAUCGACGGGAAGGUCGUGCAAAACCUUUGCCUCCGCUUAAGAAAUGUAGAGUGCGGUGAACUGGAAAUCGAACUUAACUGGAUCGACCUUCCUGGGUCUAAAGGUGUGUGAAGUUCAUAAAAAUGCCGUUCUGUUCUAGCUUCUGUCUCGUUACGUUUCACUGCAGGUUCCGGAGCUUCCAGUACGGGAUGCCUUUUCAGUUUGGUGCUGGGGUUGGUUUGUUCAUUGAACAGUUUGAAUAUGUAGUCAGAUCUUUCUAUAGCAGCAACUGAACUUGGCUCAUACAUAGGAUUGAACAAAUCUUGGUAAUUAUCUCACCAUUGAUACCCAGUGAAGUAAUUACCUUUUGUAUUAAUUCUUUGAGCUUGAUGUCUUUGUGAGAAGCUUUUACUUGUUAAACAUUCUUCAAUACAUAUUU